AGGAGGAAGAAGAAGAGGAGAACAAGUCAAACAGCCGGUGCAACACAGAGGAGUUUGUGCUCAGCACUCCUGGUCUGAACAGACUCAGAAAACCGGAUCCUGGAGCCCAGCAACCCUUCAGCCCUGCUCAACCCAUACCCUCUCCUCUGAGGCCAUGGGCCUAGAGGCUCUGCUGGUCCUGCUGGUGGCCACAGCUUGGCAUGCUGGAGCCACCCCAGUGAUAGAGCCCAGCGGCCCCGAGCUGAUGGUGGAGCCGGGUGUGACGGUGAGCCUGCGCUGCUCGGGCACCAGAAGUGUGCAAUGGGACGGCCGCAUCUCCCACCUCUGGACCCUGUACUCAGAUGGUCCCAGCAGUACCCUGAUCACCACCAACGCCACCUUCAAACACACAGGCACCUAUCACUGCAUGGAGCCGGGAGACCCCCCGGGGGGCAGAGCCACCAUCCACCUCUACGUCAAAGACCCUCGCCGGCCCUGGAGCCUGCUGGCAGAGGAGGUGACUGUGCUGGAGGGUCAGGAUGCAUUGCUGCCCUGCCUGCUCACCGACCCAGCCCUGGCAGGGAGCACCCAGCUGGUGCGGGAAAGAGGCCGGUCUGUCAGGCAUGGCACCAACUACACCUUCUCACCCUGGCACGGCUUCACCAUCCACAAGACCAAGUACUUGGACACCAGUACCUACCAGUGUGGCGUCUGGGUAGGCAACUACAUGAAGACAUCACUGGGCAUCAGCCUCAAAGUGAAGAAAGCCAUCAGACAGUUACCAAAUGUGACAUUGGAGCCAGCAGAGCUGGUGCGCAUCCAAGGAGAAGCUGCCCAGAUCGUGUGUUCAGUCACAGAUAUCACCAUCGAUUUUAAAGUCUCCUUCUUCCAAGGAGACACCAAGCUCCUAAUCAGUCAGCAAAAUGACUACGUUGGUCAGAAUUACCAAAAAGUUCUAACCCUGGACCUCAAACACGUGGACUUCCAGCAUGCUGGCGACUACUCCUGCGUGGCCUCCAAUGUCCUGGGCGUCCGUACCACUUCCAUGACCCUCCGGGUCGUAGAGAGUGCCUAUGUGAACUUGACCUCUGAGCAGAACCUUCUCCAGGAGGUGAUGGUAGGGGAGGCACUGGAGCUCACAGUCAACGUGGAGGCCUACCCAAGACUGCAAGCUUUCAACUGGACCUACAUGGGGCCAUUCUCGGACCACCAUCCCAAUCUCGAGUCUGUCACCACAAACAAGACCCCCUACAGGUACACCUCCACCGUCUUGCUGCCCCGUCUGAAGACCUCUGAGGCUGGCCUCUAUACCUUCCUGGCCCAAAACUUCGGAGCCUGUAGCACCCUCACCUUUGAGAUCACCAUUCAAAGACCCCCGGAGGUCAGGGUCACAUGGACCCUCAUCGAGGGCUCAAAGACACUGCUCUGUGAUGUCUCAGGGUACCCCCAGCCUAAUGUGACUUGGCUGCAGUGUGGGGGCCACACUGAAAGAUGUGACGAAGCCCAAGGGCUGGUACUGGAGAACUCACACCUCGAGGUGCUAAGCAAGGAGCCUUUCCACAAGGUGGCUGUUCGGAGCCUGCUGGUGGUUGAGAGCUUGGAACACAACACAACGUAUGAAUGCAGAGCCCACAACAGUGCGGGGAACGGCUCUGAGAUCAUCAGGUGGCCCCAUAUUGAGGGAGACUACGUGCGUUCCCAGGAGGAACCCCUCUUCACGCCAGUGCUGAUUGCCUGCAUUUCCCUCAUGGUCUUCCUGUUGCUGUUGCUGCUGCUGCUUUUGUACAAGUACAAGCAGAAGCCCAAGUACCAGGUACACUGGAAGAUCAUCGAAAGCUACGAGGGCAACAGCUACACUUUCAUCGACCCCACCCAGCUGCCUUACAACGAGAAGUGGGAGUUCCCCCGAAACAACCUGCAGUUUGGGAAGACCCUUGGAGCUGGUGCCUUUGGGAAGGUGGUGGAGGCCACAGCCUUUGGGCUGGGCAAGGAGGAUGCUGUGCUGAAGGUGGCUGUGAAGAUGCUUAAGUCCACGGCUCAUGCUGAUGAGAAGGAAGCCCUCAUGUCGGAACUGAAGAUCAUGAGUCACCUGGGCCAGCAUGAGAACAUAGUCAAUCUCCUGGGGGCCUGCACCCAUGGAGGUCCUGUCCUGGUCAUCACUGAGUACUGUUGCUAUGGCGACCUGCUCAACUUCCUUCGGAGGAAGGCUGAGGCCAUGCUGUGUCCCAGCCUGAGUCUGGACCAGGCUCCUGAGACCAGCACCACUGAUUACAAGAACAUCCAUCUGGAGAAGAAAUAUAUCCGCAGAGACAGCGGCUUCUCUAGCCAGGGUAUGGACACCUAUGUGGAGAUGAGGCCCGUGUCCACUUCUUCCAGUGACUCCUUUUCUGAGCAAGACCUGGACAAGGAGGAUGGGCGGCCGUUGGAGCUACGAGAUCUGUUGCACUUCUCCAGCCAGGUGGCCCAGGGCAUGGCCUUCCUGGCCUCCAAAAACUGUAUCCACCGGGAUGUGGCGGCCCGAAACGUGCUGCUGACCAGCGGGCAUGUGGCCAAGAUCGGAGACUUCGGACUGGCUAGAGACAUCAUGAAUGACUCCAACUAUAUCGUCAAGGGGAAUGCCCGCCUGCCCGUGAAGUGGAUGGCCCCAGAGAGCAUCUUCGACUGUGUGUACACAGUGCAGAGUGACGUCUGGUCCUAUGGCAUCCUCCUGUGGGAGAUCUUCUCACUGGGGCUCAACCCCUACCCUGGCAUCCUGGUGGACAGCAAGUUCUACAAACUGGUCAAGGAUGGGUACCAGAUGGCACAGCCUGCCUUUGCCCCCAAGAACAUAUAUGGCAUCAUGCAGGCCUGCUGGGCCCUGGAGCCCACCUGUAGACCCACCUUCCAGCAGAUCUGUUCCCUCCUGCAGACGCAGACCCGAGCGGACAGGAAAGAGGAGGACUACACCAACUUGAUCAGCAGCAGUGAGCCUGAGGAAGAAAGCUCCAGCGAGCAGCUGGCCUGCUGUGAGCAGGGCGACAUAGCCCAGCCUCUGCUGCAGCCCAACAACUACCAGUUCUGCUGAGGUGACAAUAGCCCUGCUCCCCUUCCAGCACCUCCUCCAUGGAUUGGAGUCUGGGGAGAACAGAUUCUGCCCUAGCUCACCUCACGUGACAGCCUGGCCCUGCACUGCAAUCUGGGAACAUUGGAUCUGCAGCGAGUCAGGGAGGACCCUUGCUCCCAAGCCUGGGCCUUCACUGCCAGUCAGGGGCAGGGGCUGAGCCCCUCACGCCCUUUGUUCUCAACACUGUGGCCUCAUGUCUACUGUGCCAAGUGGGGGGACUCCUGGCUCCUCCUGAUCACCCUGCUGCUCCUCCUCUGCUCUAGUCUCCUGACAUCUCCAUGGAAAUGGACUAGUUUUCGUGCCUAUGAAGUCCUGGGAGCUGCUUAAGUGUUAGAAAAUGGGGUUCUCACAGGGCUCUGGCAGAAUGCCUUGACAAGCCCCCCCCCCCCAAAGUGGAGCAGAGUGGACAGGUGCUCACAGGCUUCACAAAGCCCUGGGAGUAAGGGGCUCCUUCCCAAGAGCCCAACAGCACCUCCCAGCCUCUGCCCCCCGUCUUCCCAGCCCCAUCCACCCCGGAACUGGCUCAGCUGUAACGAGCCAGGUGGCAGCUAAAGGUUUGGGGUGCUCUGCCCUGCCCCCCCCUCCCAGCUACAUGGCAGGAAGUCCGUGUGGCUGGCCACACAAACACACAGCGUGCAUGCCCCAAGCUGACUCAUCAGCACUAACAGUCACGCGGUGGGAUGUCUGUCAGCAUUAAACUAACAGCAUUAACACAA